UGUUGAUCAUUCCUGUGAUUGUGAACGUGUGACUGAAAAGUCAAAAUUAAGUGAUAAUGAUAUUGAUAGGAGCUGUUCCAUCAAGUCAAGAACUAAAUAUUAUCGUAAUAAGAACUAAGAAGUGUUCAGUCAGUCUAAAGAUGAGUAAUGCUGAUGGGGAGGCCCAAGCUGACGAGAUAACGGCACUGGCCAGCAUCUUUGAGGAGAGGAUAUUCGUUGCUGAUGAUAACAAUGGCGGACAAUUCUCGGCAUACUUGGAGUUGCCCAAGGAGUUUUUCAUCAAACUAGAGGGACCUCACAUACAACAAGCCAAUAAAUAUGGAAUCAAGUUGUUGGAAGAUUCCGACGGGCAUGCUACCCUUUUGAGAAUAAGCUACCUGCCGCCUAUAGUGCUCAACUUUCAGUAUCUAUCUGACUACCCCUCACACUCUGCUCCAGCUUUCACUAUCUCAUGCAAGUGGCUCAGUGUUGCUAAGCUAUCUCAGCUUUGUUCUCAUCUGGAUCAACUCUGGGAGGAAAACCACAGUGAGGCUGGGGAGGUUAUCAUCUUUCAAUGGGUACAGUUUCUCGUAGACGAAAGUCUUCAGCUGCUGAAUGUACAAUCCCCGCUUUCCCUAGACUUUCACAAGGUGUUGCGAUCAAACUCAUUGGAAGUUGCAGAGGAGGGUUCCAUUGAUAACAGCACAGUGCAGCAUGCAGCCAAUGCUUUUCAUGAACCAGUCAAGAGAGCUGUCCUCGCUGAAAAUGAGACAGAUGUUAGCAUCUUAGAUACACGUGCCAUUCAAGAUAUUGGCUGUGCAAACCUACUCCUCAGGACAUUGAUUGAGCACGACAGGGCUGAGCGGCAGAGAGUAUUCAAUACAUCUUUCUACAAUUGCCAGGUUUGCUUCAGCGAUAAAACUGGCUCGGACUGCAUGGAUUUUCAAGGAUGCAGCCAUGUUUACUGCAAGGAGUGUAUGAGAGAAUAUUUUCAAGUGCAAAUCGGAGAGGGUAAUGUGAAGGGUUUGAACUGUCCAGAAACAAAGUGUAACUCUCCUGCAUUGCCAUCACAGGUGCGAGAACUUGUUGGCAAGGAACUCUUUGCAACUUAUGACCGUCUGUUGCUUCAGAGAACUUUGGAAUGCAUGGAUGAUAUCGUCUACUGCCCUCGUGUGUCAUGUCAAUGUCCAGUAAUGAAAGAAAAAGACUCAACCAUUUGUGUAUGCACUGCUUGUGCCUUUCCAUUCUGUGUUAAGUGUAGGAUGGCGUACCAUGGGAUAUCACCAUGCAGAUUAAAAAAAGAUGAGAUUUUGAAGCUUCGUAAGGAGUUUGAGGAAGGUGAUGAAGAGACGAGGGCCAGACUUGAACAGCGUUUUGGAAGACGUGUUUUCCGAGAUGUUCUUGAGGAAUUUGAAAGUCAACGAUGGAUGGACAAAAACAGUAAAGAGUGUCCAAAGUGCCACACAAACAUUGAGAAGAUUGAUGGCUGCAAUAAGAUGGCUUGUUCUCAAUGUCGCUCAUUCUUCUGUUGGAUUUGUCUGAAGAUUUUGUCCCACGCUAUCCCAUAUAAACACUUCAAUGACCCAAAGAGCAAGUGCUUUAACCAGCUCUUUACUGGAACAGUGCCUAAUGCAAAUAGGGAUUUUGACGAUGAGUAUGAGGAUGUUAAUGAUGUGGAUGAAUGGUUUCUUGUCUGAUACUUCAAUAUAAAUAAUUUUGAAAAAUACAUAAUGACGUGUGUACUCAAAUCUUAUGUUUUUAAAUGAACUUAGGGUUGAAUAAACCGAAACUGACGAAAUUCAGGAUUUGAACUUGCAUCCUCCAGAUUAAUGUGCUAGUGCUCUACCAACUGAGCCAUUCAGUCGUAAGAUUGGCCCCGUUUAUUUUUGUUUCAAUAUAUCUUUGUCUGGGGGUGCCAGUCAGAAUACAACCUGUAAAUGCUGAUGGUGCACCAGCACGUUAAUUCCGAGUUUGCAGGUUCUAAUAUCGCUCUAGUCAUUUUGUCUUUGUGUAGGGCAAAAUUAGUUAGAUUUAACCUUGUUGAACCUGCAAUUUAUGCAGGUACAACAAGGUUAAAUCUAAUUGGUUUUGGGUUUGGUAUGAGUUACUUUGCAGUAAUAGAGUGAGAACCAAGUGUGAGUGUCUCACAUUGAGCCAAUGCAGGAUCACCCAAAAAAAUCUUAAAAUGUGGUCUAGUUGUACUGAUAUUUGUAUUUAAUGAUAUUGGCUUCUUAUUUGGCACUCAAAUCCAUCACCCAUCGAUACCAACGCCCUCCAAUGUUACCCCUGGCCACUGGUUAAUUUAUUUCAUUCCAUCUCGGCUCCCUUGGAGCUAAUUUAAUCACAAAAGCCAUCUCACAUACCCAUUAGUACUCCUGUUUACAGAGAGGGGCACAAACUCAUUACUGGGAUUGGUGGUUUAGGUAGGGGCACCACUUGACCUAAGCAAAGCAUGCAAUCGAGUAGUUUUUGUAAAGAUAAACCUUCAAUUGGAAUGAAUGAAUGGGACUAAUUUACACUAAAUUAAAUACAGCAUGUAGGCCAACUGGUCCUCAUUGAAAAAAAAAAACUGAAUUAUCCUGGACUUCUCAUUUAGCUUCUAUUCAAACUAGAUGCUUUAUUGUUAAAAACAGGAUAGAGUUUGGACUAUUACUUUAAUCGUGCCAUGGUUUCAACAAAAACAUAACAUGCCUUAGAAAUUUGUAUUUUUGCUUUUCAAUAAUUUUGGGAAUCGUAAAGAAAAUUAAGAAAGAAGAAAAAACAAGAGACACACACGACCGAAUAAUGCCUUCAAAAAUUUGCUUUUUGGGUUUUGUGAUUUAACACCUGAUUGUAUUUUUGUUUUUGAAUAUUUGGUUUGUAACAACACAAUUUAUUCAGCCCUUGAUACUCGGUUAUUGAAAGUAAUAUUUAACUUGUAAUAUUUCCAUUACAAGUAAAGCAAAUGUAGUAGCAGCUUGUGUAAAUACAAAUGGAAUAAAGCUGAAUAAUUUGAAUUUUGUUACAUGAAAAAUGUGUUUCAAAGGAAGAAUUUAUCUUGAAUAGACAUGUAAUAUUUUUAUGUUCCCGUAUUUUCUUACAGUGUGAAACAAAAAUAUUUAGAAAUUUAAAUCAACUGUUAUUUAUCAAUAUAAAAAAAAUUGACAUUAACACACAUUUACGGUUAUAUUUAAUUAACAUUUUAACUAAAAAAUUUACUUUAAGUUUAAUGUAAGCAACAUUCAGUAACACAAAUUAAAUAUAUAAAGGUUCCAUGGUAAUAAUGUUCAUAAUAUAUGAAUAUUACUUGUAAGCGGUUCUGGAUAACUGCUUUCGUGGGUUUUAUAUGAUCGCUUUGUUGGUGGAGAGGUAUGUGCAUUAAAUUGUUUUCUAUGAAUUAUAAUGUCUGCAGUUUUAUUGUUUUUAUGUGAAAUUUAUUGCACACUUGAGUUUACUUAACAUGAAAAGUUCACUUCAAUAACGUCAAGUCAACAUUAACCAAAUAAAGGGGAAUUUGUUAAAAGUGUUUUUAUAUACCUGUUCUUCUUAUAAUUAUGUUAUCAAUUUAACAUUGUGACACGUUACAGCUAUUCACAUCAGAAUGUCUACACAACGUUGAUGUUUCUGUUUUAAAGGCAAGGUGACCACUCUUACAGCAGGCAAUGCAACAUUACUUGGUCUAGAAUUACAGCAGCUUUCGAUAUUAUAAAGCAUGUUGAGAAUCACUUCACUUAAAAGUAAUGUGGUUAUG